AUGCCUGCUGAUGAACAAGCUAAAGAAGAAAUGUUGCAAAUCUGUUCGAAUUAUUAUCAAGCCAAUCCUCGUGAAGAACGAAUUAUCCAAGAAUACCGAGAAUCUUCAAACGAAGAUCAAGCUAUUCACUGGUAUACUCGGAAUACAUUCUUCUUCAAACUGGCAAAUCAAGCCUUAAGAACUGAAGAUAUGCUUUUGGUCUAUCGCUUUCGUCAUUGGAUUAAACAGUUAUGUUUGGCAAUCGAAUGUGAACAUUGCAAACAAAGUCAAGAUCAUUCAUGGACACUAUACAGUGGUUUUCGAUUGCAUGAAGAAGAAUUAGAAAGAUUGAAGAAGAGUAUUGGAAGUUUAAUUUCGAUCAAUAGUUUUCUCUCUACUACCCAUGAUAUCGCCAUCGCUCGAAUAUUUGCUGGUCAAGGAAUAAUCGAAGAUCGAUUAGUUCGUGUUCUUUUACAUAUUCAAGCCAAUCCUGCUCGUCUUCAAUCCGUCUUCUUUGCGGAUAUUAGUCAGAUCAGUCAAUUUCCUGAAGAAAAUGAAGUACUUUUUUCCUUAGGUUCAACCUUUCGAAUUCUCUCAAUUGAUUUCGAUGAAGCUUUUCAAUAUUGGAUUGUUCAAUUGAAUGCCACUGAUGAUGGAUCUGAUCGAAUUUAUGAAUAUUGUCAAUUAGCUAAUUAUGAUUUGUGUUCGACAUCACCGAUGAUUUAUUUUGGUACAAUUCUCAAUGAAAAUCUCGAUCAAACCGAUCAUGCAGUGAGAUAUUUUCGUGAAUUAUUAAGAUUAGUAGGAAAAACUCAUCCACAACUACCGGAGAUUUAUGAUGCUCUUGGCGAUGCCUAUGCUCGCAGGAAUGAAAUCAGUCGAUCGAUCGAAUGUUAUAAAAUCGAACGAAAGAUUCAAAAAAAACGAGGCAUUCUACCCUCAAAACCUGAUGAGAAGAUUCGAGAGAUUCUUCAAAUGAGAUUAGCAGAAGAAGAGAACAAAACAAAUGAACCUAAUCUGGACAAAGCCAAUUUAUUAUGUGAAUUAGCGAGUUGCUCGAACUAUGCUCAAGCUGAGAUCUAUCUCAAUCAAGCUUUACAAAUGUACGAACAACUGAAACUCGCUAGUCCAUUGAUGAGUACUUGUAUAGAAGAAUUAGUAUGGACUUGUCGGAUGAAUGAAAACUAUCAGAAAUGUCUCGAUCUUCUCUAUCGACGUCUAGCCAUCGAAGAAGAAUAUUUACCUGUUGAUAAUCAAAAGUUAUGUAGUUUGGAAACUGCAUCAGCUAAUCAUAUUUCAUUUGUUUUCAAAAUUUAG